AUGUGGCAGAGAACUGCCUUUGUUUUACCAGUGAUCAUCUUUUUUAUUGUGGGAUCGAAUAUUUCCUAUAGUUCUAACACAGGCUUAGCCACGAGGAAAGAAAACAAGGACCAGGAGAAAAAACUUGUAACUAAAAGGCAGUUUAAACGAGGAAUUGGUGAGGAGCUUAACACUUUGAAAGAAAAAGCGAAACAAGCGAGUUCCGUCUUCAAGUGGCUAAAGAGAAAUUGGCAAAAACUCUUUGUGAUCGUCGUUGCCAUAUUUUCAUUGCUAGUAGUUGUGGGGAUCUACAGAAGAUGUUUCUCUGAUUCUGGUUCUGGCGAAGAUGAUGAACAACCAAACGUAAUCGUCGUAAAAAUGCCUAAGCCUAAUGACAAGGAGAAAGGCUCAACUAAGCAGACAAACAUGAUAGAGGGAAGUUCUACUGGAAAUGAAAACAAUGGAAAGAGGGGAAACAGUUCUGCUCGUGGGGAAAAUAGCACUACGGGGGGUCACAAAGGAGAGGCUACCGACUCAAAAUUUGCUGAAAAAUCGGCAAAAAUUCCGAUAGAAUCGUCUUCGGUUUUAGUAACAACCAAAAGUAAACAGCAUGAAGUGGAUGGAGAGCUUACAUGUCUUCAGCCAAUAACUCCAAAACCCGAUUUAAACGAGGUCACUUCUCAGAUAUGUGCCUUGGAUGGUAUUCCCAUAUCUGGAUAUACCACAUUUCAGCAAACUGAUUAUUACAAAUUCUAUUUUCAUUUCAAACAAUAUGUUAUCAAUGAAAAAAAUUGUGACGAUCAACCCAAUUUGCAGCUUAUCAGAGUCUGCCAGGGAAGUACGUGUGAUGGGCCUUUCCCAUUCAUACCGCUUAUAAAGAACAUGGUGACGUCAUUGAUGGUGAAAUAUUAUGAUGCUUACAUUCCCACUGCAAGUACUAACACCGAGUUACCGCUGACUAUAUCGCUAUAG